AUGCCAACACGUUGCUGCGUGGUAGGAUGCCACAAUCGACAUUCUACUUGUUCAAGUUAUCAUUUUUAUCACUUUCCAAGAGAUCUUGCCCGUAGAAGAAGUUGGCUUUCUUUUGUAGGUCGCAGAAAUUACGAUUGUACUCCCUGGGAGCCAGGAAAUGGAGAUUGUGUAUGUUCACAGCACUUCAUUUCUGGGUCCAAGUCUAAUAUACCAAACAAUCCAGACUAUGUACCAUCUGUUCCUGCCUCAGUUCAGUUGGUUGAUCCUGGCACUUGUGCAAAGCCUUCUCAUUCUGUAGCUAGGUUUGAAAGAGCUCAGCAAAGAUCAAGAGCAGUACUAUUGGAGCAAGUGAGACUGGAAAGGAUGGAACAGGAAUUGCAGAGUUUGUGCUGCAGAGACAUGAUCAUGGGACACUUGCAAGGCAUGAUGCUGAUUGUUUCAAUGAAUUGGUGA